AUGGCAGAUCUCAAUAUCCCCAUUGCCGUUCGGCGAACCCGUCGAAGCAAUGCCGGCAUCGUGAAGGUAGAGGAAACCGAGUCGGCAGCUCUGCCGCCCAAAACCCCGCGACGGGCAAGGAGGGCAGUCCGGUUCUCUGAUCCAGGUCUAUCAAUGUCGAGCGGAUUGACGCCCAUGAUCAACCGCACAUGCAUCAACACUCCUCGGCAGCGGCGUCGUGUGUCAACGCCAGCCAUCUCCACAAGAAGCGGAACGCCUGGCCCCCCAAACACAAUCUUCCUAUCCCACAAUCACCAUCAAUCGUCAAACUCGUUGCAUCACACCAUCGACGGCCGCGUUGAGAGACGCAUUCGUCGAAGCAAUCUUCGGGACUUGCUCAACAAGCUCGAGCAGGAAAAGAAACGCAAGACACAGCAGUCUCAAGCCGAGAUUAGCCAUCUCAAGUCUGAGAUCAAAUCCAGGGACAGAGACAUCUACGAGCUGCAAAACGCCACCAUAGUUGUCGACAAUGAGAGGAUUUGGGACCUGGAGCAGCAAAUUGAAAAUCUCAAGGACGAGCUAGCCAAGAGGCCCUCGACUCCGCAUCACCAAACGACAAGCUACGACUGGACAUUGGCAGCGCGCGACCCAUUUUCAGAUGAAUACACAGACAUGGGCAUGGACGAGGAAGAGGACCAGUUCGGCGACGCAACCAUGGCACACUUUGUAGCGAGCACUCCCUCCCGAGCUCGGUCCUCGUUUCCCACGCCUCCCGCCACGAGCCCUAUGCUUCCCUCUACGCCAUGCUCCUCGAGACCGUGUCUGCCUACCCCCCGGUCUCACACGGGCACCCAGGUCUGCCUCCCCGACCCAGAGAAGCGGCAAGCGCAAGAGGAGCUCGCAUCGCUGCAGCUCGAAGUGUGCAAGCUGACGGCCACGCUGGACUCGUACAAGAACCUGAGCGCAAAGCUCAAAGAGAAGCUCGCCUCCGUGGAGCCCAUCUCGCCGCAGAGCGACGACGCCCCCGCGGCACACGUCCUGGAGAGCAAGAUUGACGCCCUGCUGCAAGACAUGUCUGACCGGACGGAAGCCGUACGGCUACUCGGCGCUUCCAUCGCCGACCUGGGCUUUCCCGGCGCCGACGCCAGCGACAUGAUGGCGGCGCUGUCGUCCGGCUUCCGCGCCGCCCGCCUCGAGCUAGAAUACCUCACCCCCGGGGAGAUUGCGCUGCCGCUGACCUCCCACGGCGCCGAGGUGCUCGAUCUGCUUCUCGUGCGCCUGCGCGAGCUAGCCAAGAAGGCCAAGGAGGACGAGUCCUCGAUAGACGAGUACCACGAGCUCGAGCAGUCGCUGCGCAAACAGCUCGACGCGAGGGUCAGCGCCAUGGACCAGCUCAGGAGCGAAAUGGCCAAGGCAGAGCGGCUCCUGCACGAGAAGGGCCUCAAAGUCCAGGACCUCGAGGUCGCAAACGAGCGUCUCCGGGGCGCAGUCGACGGGUACAUCCGCGACAUGUCGGAGCUGGAGAAGCUCGUGCAGCGGAUGGAGGAGGAACACCGCGACGCAGCGGCCACGAGCUCGGCGCAGCGCGAGUUCGACCGGCACGAGCUGCAGAAGAGGGACGCCGGCAUCGCCGAGCUGCAGGAGAGGCUUGCCGACGCGGUGCGGCAGUCGGCCCGUCUGCAGAGGGAGAUGGGCGACGUGCAGGACAGCAGCACGCGGCACGUCGUGUCGUUGAACAGGCGGCACGGCGCGGCGCUGGCCCUCCGCGACGCGCGUGUCCUGGAGCUGCGCGGCGAGAUUGACCGCGUCAACGACUCCCUGCGCGCUGCUCACGAGACCAUCGUGGUGCUGCGCGUGGAUAAGGGCGCUUUGGAGGCGCGCGUGGACGACGAGCGCGCCAGGGCCAAGGCGGCUGUGGAAUCGGUCAAGGCGGAGCUGCAGCGUGUCUUGCAGAUGAGCCACGACUUUCUGAGGAGUCCUGGGCGGGAAGGGAGGCAGGCUGGUUUGCGCGACGAGGCCGAGGAUGAGCUUGCUUCUUCGCCGUCCCGUGUCGAUGGCAAGGCGGCGGCUGCGGCUGCUGCUUCUGGUUCUUUGGUGCCGAUGGCGAGUGGGAGGAAGCUCCGUAGACGGUAUGAUAGCGGACUGGGUUUGCUGGAGGAGGAUGACGUGGAAAUGUUUUAA